UUCUUCAUUGCCAUAUUUUUAUAUCAUCGUCCUUGUAAUCUUCCAGACUUCGAGAUAUCUGAGAAUCAGCCGACGAGGCGAGACACCGAAACGAACACCAAUCACCACCAUGGCACCAACAGCAGUUGAGUCGUCAUCUGUUCCGACAUCGGUUCCCUCCAAAGGUCAAUCAACGACACCCAAACAAGUCGACACAUCCAUUUUCCCAGAUGGCAUCAAAACCUCAGGCCAACACCCACCUCUCUACGACCAACUGGCCCCGUACAGCGCAUUUCCCCAAACCAUCACUGGCCCAACAGUCUGGGCAGCCGACGACUACGCCAGCCACAGUGAACGAUGGACGCACGUCUUCUCCGACGCCGAGAUCCAAGAGCUGUCGACCGCGGCCGACAACUUUACCGCCAAAGGCCUGCCAUUGACGGGCAUAAACCCAUCUAACUUCCCACUGCCCAACCUGUCCGCAUCUCUCAAGGCGAUGCGCAACGAAUUGCUCAACGGCAAGGGUUUCAUCCUGUACAAAGGCUUCCCCGUCGAGAAGUGGGGCAGCCACAAGUGCGCAAUCGCCUACAUGGGCCUGGGCACGUACAUCGGGUAUCCCGUCUCUCAGAACGGCCGCGGCCACAUUCUGGGUCAUGUCAAGGACUUGGGUGAGGACAGCACACAAAUCGACAAAGUGCGCAUCUACCGUACUAAUGCCCGUCAAUUCUUCCACGCCGACGACGCCGAUGUUGUCGGGUUGCUAUGCAUCGCACGGGCCCAAGAAGGUGGUGAAAGCGACGUCGCCUGUAUUCACGACGUCUGGAACAUUUUGCAACAGGAGCACCCUGAUGUCGCGGAGCUUUUGACCCAGCCAGUAUGGUACUUUGACCGCAAGGGCGAAGUAUCACAGGGCGAAGAGCCGUAUAUUCGCACUGCCGUCUUCUACCUCGAAACGCCCGAAGAAGGAAAAGAGCAGCGCGUCUAUUGUAAAUGGGAUCCAUACUAUGUGCGGUCCCUCACCCGGUUCUCAGACAAAGGUGAGAUCCCGCCGUUGUCAAAGGAGCAAGUGCAUGCACUGGAGACGCUCGAGGCUGUGUGCAGCCGCGUCAAAUUGCACAUGAUUCUUGAGGUUGGGGACAUUCAGUUCGUCACGAAUUCGCACAUUUUGCACGCGAGAACCGCCUACAGAGAUUAUGCUCCGGAGAGCGGCAUGCCCAGACGCCAUCUGAUGAGGCUGUGGUUGGCGACGCCGACGAGUGAGGGCGGGUGGAGGUUGCCAUUCCAUGAUGCGGACGAGAAGAAACGGGGUGGUAUUCAGGUUGACGAUACGCCGCCUGUGGCGAGGUUGGAUGCUGAUUAGACUGCUCGACUGAUGCCAACGUGACAUGCGCAAUAGGAUGCAAGGGCAUGCUCUUGAUGUGAUACAGUAGAUGGUUUGGGAGUCCUGGAAAUCAUCUUUUUGAGCAUCAUUCAUGAACAGAACAGUGC